AUGAAGAAAUUCCUGCAAAACCUCCCCAAACUAGGCCGAGGACUAGACACGUCUCGAAAUGUAUUCGGAGGCACAUUAGAAGGGCUCCUAGAUCAAGACUUUGAGGAUAUGGUCGAUGGCGAUGGUGUUGGAUCUGAACCUGGCAUUCCUAGUGCUGUGCAGAGGUUUAUAGAGUAUUUGAGGCAGGAGUGUGUCCUAAACCGAGAGGGUAUAUUUCGAUUAGCUGGGUCGUCUGCACUUAUAGCACAGCUUCGCGAUGAGAUUGAGAGAACGAAUGUUGUGGACUUUUCAGCAACUGGUGAACGUGAAAUUCCGUCUAUUUGUGGACUGUUUAAACAGUUCUUGCGUGAGCUGUCUGAUGGUGUCAUACCUCGGAAGUGUUUUCAGGCUUUUGCAGACGCUGGUGACUCAAUCUCAAAAAUAAAGCAAGCUAUAACACAAAUCCCUCAACCCAACCUCGACGUCCUCUUCUACAUAUGUCGGUACCUCCUCCUUGUAGCCGAAAACGAACCCAAAAACAAGAUGGGAAUCCCAAACCUCGUUAUCGUAUUCGCUCCAAACCUCUUUCGCUGCCCAAGCGAAAAGGGCACACCCGAGAAAUUCCUGGUCGAGUCUAUGCAAGCGUCUAAAGCAAUGGGAAUCAUGCUCGACAAGUUCCAUGACGUGUUUGAUGAUGAUGCACUAUCAGGAGGUGUUAAUGGAAUACGGGUGUCGCCAACCAAGAUGGCUAAAUUGAGUAAAUACGCAUCGUAUAAGAAGAAUAGUCCGUUUAGUAGUGGGGAGGUGCUGAGUGGUAGUCGUGGGCAGUUGGGUUCUAUGACUGCUAUUGAGCAGAGUAAGGGAAGGAAUAGUGUUUCGUCGUCGUCAAACAGGAACCUGCAGAUAUCUUCUAUUAACCAAGUCGCACCUGCUUCUCCAUAUAGCCCACACAGCUUUGUCGAAUCACCAACAGAAGCCAGCCGCGAGAAGGGUGGUCUUGAUCAUAGAAUAUCGCCUAGGAAAUCAGAGGCUGGAGAAGGUGACGCUCCUGCUCCCACGAAACGUGACACUAAAGCCAUUCCUAUGCUAUCAGAGCUCAAAACGAAAUUAUCUGAAAAGGCAGGUGUACAACAAGACUCAUUCUUGGAUGAAGUUUUGGCUCCAAUUGAGAGGAACAAGGAUAAAGAUGAUGAGCUUUUGCCUGAACAGCAGAAUACCGACAAGAAGAGGCGGACAUCUGGAUCAGCAGAUAGCAUGACAAAAGAUGCAGCAUCACAUGUAACAGUAGAAAAGAUGCCCGCUCCACAAGUGGUGACAAAACAACGAGUCCCACCUAAACCUCCGGCGAGAAAAGCGCCAACACCCGCUAAAGACCUGCCACCAUUACCACCGCCUCAUCGUGCACCACAAAUCCCUCAUCCAUCACCACAUGCAUUACAAUCAGGUAGUGGUUCACCACUAGUAGUAGAUGCCACGCCGCAGCUUCCACCUGCUAAACGAGCUGUCAUUAUGCCGAAUCCACGAGCCGGCUCGUAUCCGGGUACUAAUGGUAUGAGCCCUGCAGGACCAUUAUCUGCUGGUGCUGAAACUGCCCAACAGCAGCAGCAAUCAUCUGAACCAAGAAGGAGAUCAUCACUAUCAGGCUCCAACGGUUCACUACGCUCGUCAACCGGCGAGCGCAAAACAGUGACAUUCGUAGACCCCACCCUAUCAUCCGAAUCCGAAAUACUGGAAACGAGUGAAAUAAUGACGACUGCAACAACCGCCACAACAUCAACUGAAGAAUCAAGUAUGAUUCAAACAAGUAAAAAACCAAGUGUGCCUGCAUCGUCAUCUAGUAUGGGCCAUAUUGUAGAAUCAGAUCAUGAAUUCUCUGAAGAUGGAAAUACGAGUACUGGUGAUGAGUUGCAUUCGUCUGAUGACGAGUCGUCGAAUAAUGGUCAUUUGAUGCAGAGCCAGCAAAAGAAGCAGCUUGUGGCGGGACAUUUGAGUAAUCCGUUAUCGCCUGAAUCGCCUGCAUCUGUGCAGAAUACGGCCGUGUUUCAUAAUACGAUGGAUGCUGUUAUUUCUGGAAAUAUUGAGUUGAUUCCGUUGGGACAAGGGAGGGUCAAGGAGGCCGCACAGAGGAUUUCGCGUAGUCUUACGAAUCUCAAUGAGGUCUCCGCCUCAAAGAAGUCGGGAUCCAAUGCCAGUCUCAGUCGACUCGCCUCACCAACUCAUAAUCCCUCGUCUCCACUUGCUGCUAAUAGUAUAGUUAGUAAAUCGCCAUCACGAGCAACAGCGGAACAACAACAACCCACAAGUAGUAGUAAUGCCUCGGCUGAACUAUCAGAUACAGCGCCACUCCCCACUGAAAUGUCACGAGAAGAUUCCAUGGAUCCCAGUAACAUCCAAUCCGAGUAUUACGAUGACGAUGCAGACAACCUCCUCAUAUCUCAACGCAACAGUGUUGUCACACCACGAGCUAGCAUCAUCAGCAGCAGCAAUUCCCACACCUCAAAUGGCAGCAAACCACUCCCACAUCCAUCAACCCUCACAUCCGACGCCUACAAGUCUCUACGCGCAGAGGGCAAACAACUCGCCCAAAAAAUUCGGCUGGGUAAACAAGCCGGCUUGAAAUCCAUUCAAAUGAGUGACGAUAUCAAGAGGUUUAGAGAACUGAAAGCGUAUCUACAGGAUCAUCCACCUGUUGGGCUUCAAGUCGCACCGCCACAGCUUGUGACGAGUGAUAACAGUAUUGCUGAACCACCAUCGCAGUGUCAGCUAGCGCUGCAGAGGCUUGAUAAGCAGAGGAAGAGAGAGGGAAGGCCGUAUGACGUUAUGGUUAUGAAUGCCGGGCAGCUGAAUGAUGAGAAGAGUGCUGUGAGGAAGGAGCUGGGGGCGUUAAAGGCACUGUUCGCGAGUCGGGAUGGGACAAAGACUGUGCCUACAAAGGAUGAUCGAACCAUGAUGCGAGAAUUGUAUCAACGCUACUGUGAAGUCAAGGAUCGGUUGGCUAGUUUGGAUCCUUUGGCGCAGGUUGAAGGGGAAGAGACUGAGGAUCAGAAAAUAUAUAAGCAAUUACGAUCCGAUAAACGCCAGCUACAAGUCAUGCUGCAUAAUUUCCAAGAGCAAUUCAAAAAGGAGAAUGGACGUAAUAUUCAGACGUCAGUUGAUCGGGAGCCUGUUGCUGCUGAAUAUAAACGAUACAAGGAAAUCAAGGAGCAGAUCAAAGAGAUUGAAGAGAAACUAGGCAUAAGUGCCACUGAUGAGAGCUCUACAGCUCAGUAA